CUAGUUCGUAGACCCGGAACUAGACGUACCUCACGGAAGCUGGCUUUGGCCCUGCGGCAGCUGCCGUCGCCACGGAGAAACUGUUGGAGCUGGCAGCCUAGGAAUGGCACUGCCAGCCGCUCAGAAGAAGGAAAGUGGUGCUGCUGUUGAGCUUAGUGGUCAGAUGACGAAAAGAAAAAAAUCUCCUCUCAGCCUCUAAGCUCAUCUGGUCAGAAUCCUUGGAUGAGCCUGUGGGACCCUUCCUCCUAGCCCUGUGGUUUGGAGCCAGUGGCUUUGGGACUGUAAGAGGAUGGACAAAGAUUCUCAAGGGUUGCUAGAUUCAUCCCUGAUGGCAUCAGGCACUGCCAGCCGCUCAGAAGAUGAGGAGUCGCUGGCAGGGCAGAAGCGGGCCUCCUCACAGGCCUUGGGUACCAUUCCUAAACGGAGAAGCUCUUCCAGGUUCAUCAAGAGGAAGAAGUUUGAUGAUGAACUGGUAGAGAGCAGCUUGGCUAAGUCCUCUACCCGAGCAAAGGGGGCCAGUGGGGUGGAACCAGGGCGCUGUUCUGGGAGUGAACCUUCCUCCAGUGAGAAGAAGAAGGUAUCCAAGGCCCCCAGCACUCCUGUGCCACCCAGCCCAGCCCCAGCCCCUGGACUCACCAAACGUGUAAAGAAGAGCAAACAGCCACUUCAGGUGACCAAGGACCUGGGCCGCUGGAAGCCUGCAGAUGACCUCCUGCUCAUCAAUGCUGUGUUGCAGACCAACGACCUGACAUCUGUCCACCUGGGUGUGAAGUUCAGCUGCCGCUUCACCCUUCGGGAAGUCCAGGAGCGCUGGUACGCCCUGCUCUACGAUCCUGUCAUCUCCAAGUUGGCCUGCCAGGCCAUGAGGCAGCUGCACCCAGAGGCCAUUGCUGCCAUCCAGAGCAAGGCCCUAUUUAGCAAGGCUGAGGAACAGCUGCUGAGCAAAGUGGGAUCGACCAGCCAGCCCACCUUGGAGACCUUCCAAGACCUGCUGCAUAGACACCCCGAUGCCUUUUACCUGGCACGUACUGCCAAGGCUCUUCAGGCCCACUGGCAGCUCAUGAAGCAGUAUUACCUGCUGGAGGACCAGACAGUGCAGCCGCUACCCAAGGGGGACCAAGUGCUGAAUUUCUCCGAUGCAGAGGACCUGAUUGAUGACAGUAAGCUCAAGGAUAUGCGAGAUGAGGUCCUGGAACAUGAGCUGACAGUGGCUGACCGGCGCCAGAAGCGAGAGAUUCGGCAGCUGGAACAGGAACUGCAUAAGUGGCAGGUGCUAGUAGAUAGCAUCACAGGCAUGAGCUCUCCGGACUUUGACAACCAGACGCUGGCAGUGCUACGGGGUCGCAUGGUGCGGUACCUGAUGCGCUCACGAGAGACUCUUCCCCUAGUCCUUAGGUUCCAGCCCUCACCUACUCCAUUCCCCCAGAUCACCCUGGGCAGAGCAACCAAGGAUAACCAGAUUGACGUGGACCUGUCUCUAGAGGGUCCAGCCUGGAAGAUCUCCCGGAAGCAAGGUGUCAUCAAACUGAAGAACAAUGGUGAUUUCUUCAUUGCCAAUGAGGGCCGGCGGCCCAUCUACAUCGAUGGAAGGCCCGUGCUUUGUGGCUCCAAAUGGCGCCUCAGCAACAACUCCGUGGUGGAGGUGAGCUGGGAGGGAGCCACUCUUCUGUCCCACCCACAGAUUGCCAGCCUGCGAUUCGUCUUCCUUAUUAACCAGGACCUCAUUGCCCUUAUCCGGGCGGAGGCUGCCAAGAUCAUGCCACAGUGAGGAGUGGUAGCAGAACCCAUGGGCUCUCCCUGGCCUUAGUUUCCUCUGCCAUUCCAGCUUCCUGGAGCUGGGACUCAAGCUCCUGGAAAAACCAGAGUGAGCAGCAGGAGACCCACUGAUGGCCCAUUGAUCAGAGCUUCUGUAGCGGGGCUGGGCUGGCCCUCAGGAAGCCCCUAGAGGCUGGGACCAUGCAGCUUCUUUAGAGCCAGAGCCCCUCCCGUUCUCUCUGCAGACCACCUUCCUCUCUUUCCCCAGAUCCCUACUUUUUGUGUCUCCAGCUGAUUAGCUUCAGACUUUUAUUUUCUUUUGUAAAUAAAAAGCACUGCGUUCCAAAGUA